CCGGCAUCCUUUGCAAUGUGGCUUUCUGUUCUAGGCAAAUUCGGCCAUUUUGGCAGAAGCUGUGCUCUCGUUGUGUGGUGCUGGAACCGAUUAACGUCUAGGUUGAGAGCAGACAGUUUAACCACAAAACAAAAUGGACGGACCACCUCGUGGAGGUGGUUUUCGUGGUAGAGGAGGUCCUCCUGGCCGUGGUGGGCCGAUGGGACGCGGCGGACCACCAAGAGGAGGAAGGGGAGGCUUCAUGGGAGGAGGUGACAUGCGUGGCAGAGGUGGACCAAGAGGAGGGGGCAUGAUGAGAGGGGGUCCCCCUAGAGGAGGACGAGGCAUGCCUCCUAGAGGUGGUGGACCUCCCAGAGGUGGAGGUGGACCUCCCCGUGGCGGAGGGAUGGGUGAUAGAGGCAGCUUUGGCGGGGGCGGUCCAACAAGGCCAAAUGGGUUCUUCCGAGGUCGUGGUGGUCCAAUGAGAGGCAGAGGAGACUUCAACAACAUGCCUCCACGAGGAGGUGGAGAGGGGGGUAGAGGCAACUUUGGCAGAGGUGGAUUCCCAGGUAGGGGAGGAGGACGAGGUAUGGAUCGCGGAGGUCCCAUGGGUAGAGGAGGCAGAGGUGGCGGCUACCAGAGAGGACCCCCCAGUGGUCCCCCUGCGGGGCCUCCUAGUGGGGGAAUGAAGCGAGGAGCUCCGUCUGGCGGACCACCCAUGGCUGCCAAGCGAGGCAGGUACGACAGCGGACCCCCGUCCAAUGGAUACCACCAACAACCCCCACCUGUACAACAAUACCCACCCUAUGAACCUGCCCCAGUGGAUACAUAUUCUGCUCCUCCCUCAUCGUCUUAUGGGUCGUACCAGAGCUACGGUGGUGGUGGGUCUCAGGGCUACGGCGGAGGUGGGUCUCAGAGCUACUCUCAAGGUGGAGGCUACGGAGGCUACUCACAGCAAGGGUAUGACACUGCUUCCUAUGAUCAGAACACCAGUGGUGGAGGCUACAGUACAGCCCCUCCACCUGCUGCUGACCCGUACUCCAGCUACAGCAAACCUGCUGACCCUUACGCUAGUAGCUAUGGUACCACUGGCUACAGUUCUGCACCUUCCUAUGAUGACAGGAGUGGUUAUUCUCAGCCUGCUGCUUACGAUUCUUCCGGCUAUGCAGCUUCUGGUUAUGAUAACUCAGGGUACUCCACAAGUUCAGGCUACUCUAAACCUGGCUAUGAUUCUACGGGAUAUUCAACAACAACAGCUGCAUAUCCCAGUCAGGAUUAUGGUCAUAUGCAACCUCAGUAUUAGACAUUUCUGCAGUCUGGAGUGCUGAUCAUGUGUUCCCAGACAGAUAGCAGAAAGAUAACUUCUAGAGCAACUUAAGGAAUAAAUAAUCAUUUCUUUUGGUGUUUCCCUAUUGACAUUCCCUAUUGAUGGAAGUGACUUGUGAAUUUUGUGUACUUGGUUGAUCACGUACUUGCGUUUUAUUGUGAUAAUUUAUUAUUUUAGUGUAAUUUACUACGUUAAUAUUUUUUUAUUAGUAACCUUUCUGGAGUAUGGAUUUUAAUCCUGAACAAACUGACAAAUAUAAAAAUGUUUAAGAAUUAAAAUAUCUAAAUACAACAGAGUGUAAGAAACAAAUAAUAUAAUGUUAUUUAUGUUCCUUUGCAAUUCAUUUCAAAAUAUGUUAUUUUAUUUGAAAAUGAGAAAUAUUUUCAUACCUAUGAGUAGGCAUCGAAACAUGUUAAGUUACUGUUUCAGUUAGCCAUAAGACUAAUAAUAAAAAUAUUAUUCUCUGUUAAAAAGUUUGUUGUGUUGUAUUGCAGUUGAUUUCUGCUUGAAUUUUGACAUGAGACCAUUUUACUAAGAACUCUUUUGGUGACAUAUUUCAUAAUCAGCAGUUUUCUGCAUAAUAUUGAGAUUGAAAUGUGUAGGUACUUUUUAACGUAAUAUGAGCAGUGCCUUGAAAAUUGAUACUUUGAAAAUUCAAAUACUCAUAAGUUGUUAGACCUAAGUAGUACACACGCUAUGAAAUGGUGAGAAACCGAAAUAUUUAAGAAUGAAAGAGAAACAUAACUGAUCUAUGGAAGAUUUGAUGUUCAACCAAGACAGAAAUGAUGCCUGUGCAUUCUCUGAAAGGUCGAGACAAGAAUCUUCUUGGGUCCUUGAUGUCAUGCAAGGUGAUGUGAGAUGUUCAUAGCAUCUCAGCUGACCCAGCCGUUUUAAUCUUCCCCAACUCAUUGAGUCUGGAACAUGUCCGAGAGUCAUGAAGAUCCCAAGUGGAAAGCAGAUCCGUGACUGAGUCAACACACUCAAGAGAAACUACACUGCAAUGGCGAGAGUUACCGGCAGCUUGUCUUGUUUAGCAACUUGUCCUCAUGUCUUCAAAAGCAUUCUGAAAAGCUUAUGAUGUGUUAGGACAACACGUAGGAAACCCUUCUUCUAUUCCAACAUUGUUGCCGGACCAUAAAAGUCAAAAGGAAAAGUACCACAUUAAAUUGAACUAACAACAUAGGGUAUCUAGUUCCAUUUCAUUGUACAGAAAAUAUUGAUAUUUGUUACUGAAGUGCUUUCAUGUGUAUUUAGGAAAUUGAUUAAAAUUAUAUUACGUUCCACCAA